AUGUCUUCGUCAAUUAAAGUGGCUGUUAGGGUCCGCCCCUUUAAUCCGAGGGAGGAAGACAUGGGUGCUACUUGUAUCGUGGAAAUGGAGAAUAAGAAAUCUCGACUUUACAAACCGAAACAGCAAGCCCAACGUGAUGCUGGACGUGAGAACUAUCACGACUUCACAUUUGACUACUCUUAUUGGUCCUUUGACAAGAAUGAUGAACAUUUUGCCACACAGGAGCAAGUAUAUAACGAUUUGGGAACAGAUGUCAUAGAUUGUGCUUUUCAAGGUUAUAAUGCCUGCGUGUUUGCCUAUGGCCAAACUGGAUCUGGAAAAACAUUUACCAUGAUGGGCACUUCAGAAAAUCCUGGACUUAUUCCAAGAAUUUGCUCAGAACUCUUUGCACGAAUGCGUGUGGGCCAAGAAUCGGGAACUGGGUAUAAAACACACGCUAGCUACUUGGAAAUUUACAACGAGCGUGUAAAGGAUUUACUCGGUCCCCAAACAAAUGGGCACGGGUUAAGAGUUCGUGAACACAGAACAUUGGGCCCAUAUGUGGAAAAUUUGUCACAGCAUUCCGUGGCAGAUUUCGAUGAGAUUCAGGAAUGCAUUACACGUGGCAAUAUACAACGCACAACAGCCAGUACCAACAUGAAUGACACCAGUAGUCGAAGCCAUGCAAUAUUUACCAUCACUUUCGUUCAGGCCGGAUAUAUGAAUGACAUGCCAAGUGAAACUGUAUCCAAAAUACAUUUAGUGGACUUGGCCGGAAGUGAAAGAGCUAAUGCAACUGGAGCCACUGGACAGCGCCUCAAAGAGGGAGCCCACAUAAACAAGUCGUUGGUUACAUUAGGCAGUGUCAUAUCAGCAUUAGCUGAACAAAGUAACUCUAAUACAACACAAGGUAGUUCUUCCAAGCGCAUCCUUUACAUACCAUAUAGAGAUUCAAUCCUAACGUGGUUGCUGAAGGACAGUUUGGGUGGCAACAGUAAAACAAUUAUGAUUGCUGCACUCUCACCAGCUGAUUGUAACUACAGCGAGACACUAAGUACGUUGCGAUAUGCCAAUCGGGCUAAGAAUAUUAUUAAUAAACCGACGAUUAAUGAGGAUCCAAAUGUCAAACUCAUCCGAGAGUUGCGAGAUGAAAUCAACAAAUUGAAAGCAAUGCUUUCUAGUGAUAUUCAAACGCUUCAGCCAUCUCUAAAAAUGUUAGAGGAUUUGCAGAAAAAAGAAGCCCAAGAGAAAGUUCUUACAGAAGAAUGGACGGAAAAGUGGAAAGAAGCUCAGUCCAUUUUGCAGGAGCAAAAAAGUUUGGGACUGCGAAAAUCGGGUGUAGGUGUUGUUCUUGACUCCGAAAUGCCACAUCUCAUUGGUAUUCACAACGAUAUUACUACUGGCGUCACCCUGUACAGUUUGAAAGAGGGUGAAACCUCUAUUGGUACUGACGAAGCCGAAAUACCACAGGAUAUUGAGCUAAGCGGUGAUGGAAUACGGCCUCAGCAUUGUAGCAUCAUUUUGAAGGAUGGAAUAUGUACACUACAUCCCCGGCCUUUGGCACAAUGCUGGCUAAACGCACAUUUGAUAGAUGAACCAACGAACAUAUCCCAAGGAGAUAUUAUAUUACUUGGUCGUACGAAUAUUUUCCGUUUCAACAAUCCGACGGAAGCUGCGCGGUUGCGCAAGGAAUACCACCGCUCCCAAUUAGAUAUGUCACGUCUUUCCCUUAUCACAUCAUCGCGCGAAAACCUGCUCACUUCGAGUUUCUGUUUAGACGACGAUUCAAAUUCUUCGAUGAGCGCCAGCCUUAUUUCCUCCCCACUCAAGAGAAGCGACAAACAAUAUUAUCCAACUAAGCCAAUGUCUCGCGACGACCCCGAACUACAGGAUGAAAACCGUAAAAUCUUAGAGACUAUAGAAAAUGCCUUAAAACAAUUGAAUAUUGAACGUGUGCAAAUGCACGACCAGUACAAAACUAAAGUACAAAAACUGACGGAGGAACUCAAGCGCCUGGAAAGGGAGGAGAAGAAUAGUCUGGAACUAUUGAGGUGUAGGGAAGAAGAGCUCCUAGCCCGCAAGGACAUGUUGCUUUGGGAGAAGAACAAUGAGAAAGUGCAGAUUGAUAUAGUGUGUAGACAAAUUUCCGCCUUGCAAACUCAGCUCGACUCUAAAAAACGUGAUUUUUCGGAGUAUGUAGCAAAAGAGUUACAGGAGCUCCAAGAUUGCGGAAAAUUGGACGAGAUUGGAAUAAAGGUAGAUACGGCAACUCCUUUGACCGAUGACUUAUUACUACAAGCUGCAGACUCGCUUGACUUAUUUGCCUCCCAAUUCAUCAAAGAUACCGUGAAAAGAAAUAAUGAAGAUAUACGUCGCUUGGAUGAUCAAGUGGCCGAAAAAGAGUCCAUGCUUAAUUCAAGCACCGCCAAGAUAGCUCAAGUUGACGAGAGCCUGUUACAAAUCGCCGAACAAUUGCAGACUUUAUUCACGGAACGUAAAGAGAUGGAGAUGGAACAUGACACAUUAAUUAAGAAGAAAGACAGAUGUACCACUGACAUGAACGUGCAGACAGAGAAUGAUAUAUCACAUUCGGAAACGUACGAGACUACGUGUGACACCUUCCAUACCGCACAGACGAACUGUUCCAAUCUGGGCUCGCCCACAAUUGCCGAAGAUGACAUCACACCUCUUAGCAAUUGCACACUAUCUUCUGGUGAAAUUGAAGACGAUGACGACACGAUCUCUGAUUCGGGUAUUCGAAAAUCUAAAACGUCGUCGCCGACUUCCUCGAGCACUAACAGCUCUGGACCACAUUCCAAAAUUAGUUCGACAAGCAAUGACGUAAGGAAGUCGUUGGCGGUUGUACCAGAUGCCGUUAUGAGCGACAGUGGCGUUUGUUUGGAUUCCGUUAGAAAUAUCAAUAGUCUGCAGGCAGGAACUGACACAGUAGGUGGAAUAUCACUAACUAAUGGUACCUGUGGUGUUGCUGCGGAUAUUGCCCUAUGUAAUUCAGAUGAUGAAACCGGAUCAUGUUCGUCGUGUGAAAUGAACACCAACGCCGAGGGUUUGCAUUCUAACUGUCCAAUGCACGAUCUGCGAUGCAAGAUUGCAGCUCAAAAGGCUCUGAUAAUGAAAAACCUCGAAAUGAAUGUCAACAAGGCCGAACUGGACGGGCAAAUAGCAGAGCUGCAAGAACUGCAAAAGCGCUACGUCAAGAUGGAAAAACAUGCCUUGGAGCAUUCUAACAGCAUGGAGGAUCAUCACCUUUGUUGCCAUACCCUGUCGGAAUAUGAUCAAAAUGAUGAAGAUAAUAAUGACAGUAAUACACAAAUGGCUUACAUGACGAUGCCAAACAUGGCAAGAUCGUGGCCUUCAUCGGUUAGAGAUGACUUUCAUGAGACUGAGCAUAUUAUAACUGUGCCCACGUUUGUAGUACGAGGAGCAGGUAAACAAACGCAUUACGAAUAUGAAGUUCGCAUAGUUUUGCCGGAUGGAAAGUUGAAUAUACUGCGACGCUACAGCCGUUUCAGAGAAUUGCACAUGAGUAUGAAGAAUACUUACGGAGCCAAGAUUGCUGCAUUGCCCUUUCCCCGUCGAGAAUUAUUUGCUUCGAACAGUGAGGCUGUUGCGAAACAUCGUCGUCGUCUCCUAGAGCUUUACCUACGGCGCCUCUUUGUUGUUUGUUCAAGAAUACCACAAAGUCCAAUUUAUGAGGGUCCUGGAGGACCUGGUCUAACACGAACCACUUUGGCGCAACUCUCGCCCUUCUUCAAGAAGGGGCUCUUCGAAAACGGCAGGCACGGGACGGGAUAAUAGUUACCCUACUGCUAAAUUAUCUCUUACCUACAGUGUGUCUUCUCAUAUAUUUUUAUUACUUGUUAAGUUACAUGUCACAAUCAUGAAAUGAAUGGCGGAGCCUUCAUUAAAUCCU